AUUUAGGUGGAACACAUGCCACUUGUCAAAACGAAAAAUCCCACCAGUGCUCUGCUCCUGGAAUGGAUGAAAAACUUCGCCUUUGUGAUGAGUUUGCUAAAAUUACAGACACUGAUAGCACUGUAGCUCGAUGCUACCUGGCUGAAAACGAAUGGGAGAUGGAGAAAGCUCUGAACUCCUUCUUCGAAACCAAUAUGGAGAAAGUGUUUGAAAUAGAAGAUUCGCCAGUGAAAGUUAAAGGCCGAGCGGUCAAGAGGAAGACAACUGCACACAGUUCACCGGGGGGCUGUAUAGACCUGACUACGGAUGAGCCAGGAUGUUCAUCAAGUCCUGCCGAUGCGGGCAAAACCACCGACGCCACAGAAGAGGAGAAUAAGCUGUCACUGGUCUCUUGGAAUGUGGAUGGGCUGGACACAGAUAACCUGCAAGACCGUGCAAGAGGCCUCUGCUCCUACCUAGUCUUAUACACUCCUGAUGUGGUAUUUCUCCAGGAACUCAUUCCUCCCUACGUCGAGUACUUGAAGAAGCGAGCCGUAAGCUACACACUCAUUGAAGGUGGGGAGGAGGGCUAUUUCACUGGGAUGAUGCUGAAGAAGAGUCGUGUCAAGCUGCUGGGGUCUCAGAUAGUUCCCUACACCACCACCCAGAUGAUGAGGAAUCUGCUCUUGGUUCAGGUGACGUUCCAGGGCCAGGAGCUGAGCCUCAUGACCUCCCACCUGGAGAGCUGCAAGGCCCAGGCUGGGGAGCGCAUGAAGCAGCUGAAGCUGAUCAUGCAGAAGAUAAGUGAGGCGCCCAACGACGUCACCGUCCUCUUCGGGGGGGACACGAACCUGCGAGACGCAGAGGUGGCUAAGGUGGGCCUGUCCAGCGGCGUGAUGGACGUGUGGGAGAAGCUGGGCAGGCAGGAGCACUGCCGCUACACCUGGGACACCAAGGCCAACAGCAACAAGAAGGUGCCCUACGUCAGCCGCUGCCGCUUCGACCGCGUCUACCUGCGUCCGGCCAGCAGGGAGGGCGUGCCGCGCCUGCUGCCCGACCACAUGGCCCUGCUGGGGCUGGAGAAGCUGGACUGCGGCCGCUACACGUCCGACCACUGGGGAGUCUACUGCAGCUUCUCCGCCGCUGUUUAGCCACAGAUUCAAUCCCCCCCCCCCCAAAAAAAAUAAGUCAUGGCUCAAGGUUCUUGGUUGAUUCCUUUUUUUGUUAAACAUGAAAAAAAAUCUGGACUCCUUUGUUGACGAUUACUGCUUUCUCUGUGAAAGCUCAUGCUCUGGCCUUAUCUGAGGUUCACAUUUCCUGGCAUGGAUUGACUACGGUCUGACUUCGCUUUUUUAGCUCUUUCUUGGUCGAUUUGCAUUUUUUUUAAGAAUUAUGGUUGCUUGAUUGCUUUCACUACUGCACUCGUAAUAGGUUUAUUGAAAUGCAUUGAUAAUAAUAAUAACUAAAUAAAACGUUUUAUGUUAAACUCAAA